UGUCUGUCAUUGAGAAACAUGGCUGCCUCCACGGGUGCUGCAAACACUGCUGCCGCCGACUUACAAGGUGCAGCUUCGGCCGGUUCGAGUAUAGACAGCCCGCCGAUUCAGUACAGUAUGAUCCUGGACCAUCUCAUCGGGGACAAGAGGGCCGUGAAGGACCUGAGCCCCGGCGUUAUGGGGGGACUGGGGGCGCCUCAUAAAAGCGACGAGCAGAAGAUGAUCGAGAGGGCAAUGGAGAGCUGUGCCUUCAAGGCGGUUCUGGCCUGUGUGGGAGGGUUUGUCCUCGGAGGAGCUUUUGGUGUUUUUACGGCAGGCAUCGAUACCAAUGUUGGCCUCGACCCCAAAGACCCAAUGAAAACCCCGUCGGCACGAGAAGUCCUCAAAGACAUGGGCCAGAGGGGGAUGUCAUACGCCAAGAACUUUGCCAUCGUGGGCGCCAUGUUCUCCUGCACAGAGUGCAUCAUAGAAUCACACCGAGGGAAAUCUGACUGGAAGAACGCGGUGUACAGCGGCUGUGUGACAGGAGGAGCCAUUGGAUUUCGUGCUGGUCUGAAGGCCGGGGUUCUGGGAUGCGGAGGCUUUGCUGCGUUCUCCGCUGCCAUUGAAUAUUAUUUACGGUGAACCAAAGAGUGACUCUAUUCGGACUUUAUGGAUGUGCGUGUGGACGAGCCCUGUGACGAAUAGGACUCGUCAAUAGUUACCUGCACGUGGAGGAUUGACACAAAAGCAGAGCUGAUGUUUUUGGUGGAAGUUCCUAUUUGAGUACAGUGGGCAGAAAAAUACUCAUUACUUCUACCAUGUGGAGUACUUCACGUGGAGAAUCUCCAGAAACUGAGCAGAGUGGAUCUGCUUCUGUGUUGAAGAAAUGUCAUGAAAAUGUUCUUAUUGUAGAACAUUAGUAUGAUGUGUCUACUGAACUAAUCUACAUCAAAUUAUUUUUAUUAAAGUUGUUUUUUUUGUUAA